AGCCUUAUUAGAUUUGGUCUCUUCUAUAUAUCAAACUCUCCUCUCUCAGUCAACUCUCUCUCAACUCAAGUCAACAUCUUCCUCUUCAUUUCUCUCUAUUUCAUAUCUCUUUAAGCUUUCCAUCUUCACUUUUAAGAUCAACAUAUUGUGCAUACAGGGUCAGUUCUCUCUCAUAUAAUCUCAACUACUUUUUCGAAGGAGUUACAUAACAUAUACACACACAUAUUUUACACUGAUCCAUUUCUUCUCAGAGCCAAUUGUACACAGUAGCAUUAUCACAGCUACACAACUCUCAUCAUAACAUAAAAAACACCAAUAAAUGGCAACUCAGUUAUCACAAAGGUAUGCAGUGGUUACAGGAGCAAACAAGGGGAUAGGAUAUGAGAUAGUGAAGCAGCUGAGCUCAGAAGGAGUGUGUGUGGUUUUAACUGCUAGAGAUGAGAAAAGAGGAAGAGAGGCUACCUCAAAGCUGCAUCAGUUAGGUCUCAGCUCAGACUCUCUUCUUUUUCAUCAACUUGAUGUUUCAGAUCCUCUUAGUGUCCAGGCCUUGGCUCAAUUCAUUACCCAAAAAUUUGGCAGACUUGAUAUCUUGGUAAAUAAUGCUGGAGUCUCUGGAAGUGUAGUUGAUGAUGAAGCCUUGAGGGCAAUGAACAUAGAUCCUGUAGAUUGGCUAUCAGGGAAGGUGGCCAACUUGGUUCAAAGUGUGAUUAAACAACCAUAUGAGAAGGCAGAAGAAUGUUUGAAUAUCAAUUACUAUGGUGUGAAGAGAGUCACAGAAGCUCUACUCCCUCUCUUGAAGCUUUCUCCUUCAGGAGCAAGGAUAGUCAACGUGUCCUCUCUAAGAAGUGAGCUAAAGAGAGUGCCAAGUGAGAACAUAAGGAAAGAACUUGGGGAUUUGGAGAAUUUAAGUGAAGAGAAAGUGGAUGAGAUUUUGAAAAAGUUUCUGCAUGAUGCAAAAGAAAAUGGGCUUGAAGCAAAUGGUUGGCCAGUGAUGUUGCCAGCUUAUAGUAUUUCUAAGGUUACAGUAAAUGCUUACACAAGAGUAUUGGCCAGAAAGUACCCUGACAUGUACAUCAACUGUGUGCACCCUGGCUUUGUUAAUACAGAUAUUAAUUGGCACACAGGAACAUUAACUGUUGAAGAAGGGAGCAAAGGUCCAGUCAUGUUGGCCCUUUUACCAGAUGGAGGCCCUACUGGUUGCUAUUUUGACCAAACCCAAGUGGCAAUGUUCUGAUUGUUAUUUCUAUUUUGGCCAAAAUGGGUAAGAACAUUUGGAUUGGAUUUGUUAAAACUGAGAUUUCUCUUUUGGUAAUAAUGGCUUUUGGUUUUUGUGGCCGAUUUAUGGAGUGUUUUGUUAAGUUGGACUUUAUGAAAAGAUUUAUUAGGAAA